GAAGUAGAUCAUCCUCAUCGAGAAUACGUUAUGAAAAUGAGACCAGCACGAUUCUUGUGCAGACGAAUUGCAAGAGCUAGGAAAUACUUAUCUUGAAGAACUGUCAUUUUUAUUGCGCUAUGUAUCGUUUAUCCUCCUCGACGUCGAAUAUCUUUGCAGCGGUGGAUUCUCGUGCUGGUCGUGAUUAUCAAGAAUAUUUUCAUCGGUUCGUCGUCCUCCUCGUUUGAUAUUUUCCAUUUUGCUUCGUCGUUGUACUGAAAGCAGGACAAGAAAACCACAAGAAAAAUCAUCUACCAGCAAUGGCCCAGCAUGAUAGAAGAAUUUACCUAGAAGCGAUUUAAAAGAAGCGAGCUGAUAUUCUCAGGAAGCGGUCUCGUUCAGUUCUUCUGUAUAUUAGAGUUUCGAAAGAGCAAUCCCUUCAUGCAUCUUCUUGUUGUUCACCCCAACAUUUUCAUGAAAAGCAAGAAGAACGUACAUGGACACGAGUUCAAACAAAGAAGGAGAGUGACAGGACUGGCACGACAGGGGAAGCUUGGUGGCUCUAUCUCUAUCAACAACGACCAUCCCGGAGCACAGGCGCGUCUUGUAGCUAUCUCCAUCAACAGGCGCGUGUAGCUAUCGUCAUCAACAGCGGGAGUCGCAGUCGUCCUCUUGUUCGUUUAACGAAAUAACGAACCGAUCAUUAGAAGACGUAGCAGCCUGCAGCUGCAGGCUCAGGUUCAUCUCCGUGGUUCUACUUCUCCCUCCAAAGACAUCGGUACCAAAGCUGAAAAAUCCUCGCCAUGCCGUCUUCAACUCCUUCCUCUGGCGGAAUGCUGAGCCUGAGGUCAUCGAGUACCAAAGGCCUGGCCAUUCCAGAAAGGACGACCUCACCAAG